GCGAUGUCAGAGACAAUGCUUCCGCUUUGCAUCCUCUUCCUUGCGCUCUACUCUCUUUCCUCUGCCUGCUACAUUCAGAACUGCCCACGAGGUGGAAAGCGCUCGUUUCCGGAUGCUGGCGUUAGGCAGUGCAUGGCUUGUGGUCCUGGGGACAGGGGUCGCUGCUUUGGUCCCAGUAUCUGCUGUGGACCAGGUCUGGGCUGCUAUAUUGGCUCUCCAGAGGCAGCCGCCUGUGUUGAGGAGAACUAUGUGCUGACCCCCUGUGAGACUGGAGGGAGAGUCUGUGGCUCUGAGGGGGGGCACUGUGCAGCGCCAGGGGUCUGCUGUGAUUCAGAGAGCUGUACACUGGACUCAGACUGUUUGGAGGACAGCAGGUAUCAGUUGUCAGCAGACGGCACCGGAGGUACCAGACUAGGUGGCAGUUCCCCUGGAGAGGUGCUGCUACGUUUUCUUAGUUUGGCUUCAACUGGGCAGAGGAGAUUUUGA